GGAGAAAAGAAUUAAAAAAGCACGGGAAGAGUACACACGACCAAGGCUUGAGCUUCCCCCUGCAAGGACACUCGAGGCGCGGUCGGGCCGCUUGAGGCCUUGCCGCCUCCCCCGACCAGCGGGCGAGACAAAGUCAUUAAAGCAGUAUCUUAAUAUAUCGUUAAAACAGAGGAGGUGGUGGGCUGAGAGACACAGGGCGGGGGUGUUCACUUCGUAUUAAUGUUACGUGAAGACUGUCAAAAAUACCGUUAGCAUCCGAGAAGCUAAUGCUAACACGGCGCUAAGUUAUCAAGCAGACCGGCCCAAAGUCCAAUUCUGAUACGAUAUUACACCCUGUAAGCCGGGCGGAUAGCAGCGCCCCUCAAUUUAUGUUGAUGUGAUGCGAUGCGGCUAAGUGUUAGCAGUUGAGCCUCGUUAGCUUUUUUUUUUUUGCUACAUCCCAAGCUAACCAUUCAGCACACAGUUCAACGGUCAAGGUUAGCCACUCGGCUAGCAUAGGCUAACUAGGAGAGCUAACCUCAGAUGAAGGAUGACAACUGAUCAAUAUGUGAUUUUUAGGACACUUUGUUGAUUUUUAGUGCAAUUUAUGACUUUUAUUUCAAUUCAGGCGAGUUUACGUGGCCGGGAGUUAGUUAAAUUGCGUGUGUAGUGUUUCUCAAAUCAGGGUAGCACAGGAAAAAGUGGUUAGCACGUCUGCCUCACAGUUGUGAGGUUCGGGGUUCGAGUGUCAGCCCCUCCUGUGUUAAGUUAGCUUCUUCUCCCAGUGCCAGCGUGGGGUUUCUCCUCCCACAUAUUCAUGUAAAUUUUCCAUAGCUGUGAAUGUUUGUCUAAAUGUGCCUUAUGAUUGGCUGGCGACCAGUCCAGGGUGUACCCCACCAAGUCAGCUCGGAGCGACUGAAACUCACCCGACCCUAAUGAGGAUACGUGCUAUGGGUUUUGUGUAUCCAAAAUCCUGGAAUUGAGGAAAAUGACAGUGCUUACGGAGGAGUAAAAGUCCCUGCCCAGCUGGGCGGGUGGAGGUAUCCGAACUUGCAUGGCGUCGGGGCAGGGCGGGCGGCUUGAGCCGGCCGGAGUGGCAGGGGGCUCGUCGGGGUUGGCCAAACCUCUCUACUUGCAACGCUUGGAGCGCUCUCUGAGGCUGGACAGCUUUCUGCGCCAAACGGCCACCAUCUUCAACAGAGACGUUACCAGCGAUGACAGCGACGACAGCGACACCGCUCUUGGGUCCGGGCUCUCCAUCGAACCCUUGACGGUGAAGAGGGAGCCCUGUGACCAAGGGGACGCCUUUGUUGAAAGCAAGCCCCUCAAUGGCAUUCUUUUGCAAGACCAAAAGACGGACAAAGCAAACCUGUACAAUUUCUCUAAAAUGAAGAAGAACCGGAAAUGGUUGAAGAGCCUGUUGUUGAGCGACAACACUACAGAUUCAGACACGGACUCGGACGACUCUGACUUCAGUUUGUCGCGUGACGAGUUGCACGACAUGCUGAGGCUGCACCGCUACACCAGGCAACACCAGAACAAGUUCCACACGGACCGUGAGCUUCAGCAGUACCAGUUUUACAGCACGGGCCUCCUCUCCAGUCAAGACCUCUUCUAUGAGCAACAGCGCCACCUCCUGGGCCCAAAGAAAAAGAAAAUCAAAGAGGAGAAAAAAUUCAAGGCUAAGUUGAAGAAGGUGAAGAAGAAGAAGAAACGCGGCGAGGGCGACCUUUCCGACGAGGGCCUCCCCUAUGUGGCCAAGACCUUCGCCAAGUUCUCCCAAGAUGCGCCGGCGCCAGUGCUGAAGAAGAAACACCUGAGCGUGGAACAGCUCAACGCACGGCGACGCAAGGUGUGGCUCACCGUCGCCAAGAAGGAGAUCCCCAAGUCUUUCAAGCAGAAGACCUCGGCUAAGAACCUGGUGUUGACCAACGCUAAAAAGUUGGCCCACCAGUGCAUGCGGGAGGUGCGACGCGCCGCAAUCCAGGCACAGAAGAACUGCAAGGAGACGCUGCCUCGCGCCCGCCGCCUCACCAAGGAGAUGAUGCUCUACUGGAAAAAAUACGACAAGGUAGAAAAGGAGCACAGGAAGCGGGCCGAGAAGGAGGCGCUGGAGCAGCGUAAACUGGACGAGGAGAUGAAGGAGGCCAAGCGUCAACAGCGCAAGCUCAACUUCCUCAUCACGCAGACGGAGCUCUACGCACACUUCAUGAGCGGCAAAGCCUCCGCCGGCUCACCAGGGGGCGACGAAGAGGAGAUUCUGAAGAAGCUGGACGACACCGGCACGCGGAGGCAAGGGGGGGGGGGGGGGAGGGGGGUUUAAAAGAGGGUUAGGGGGUAUAUAGGGGGGCGACCAUGGGAGGCGAUGGUAACGGGGACUGGAGGACUACGGUACGCGUCUCUAGUGUAUAGAGUGACGCGCAUGUUCGACGAGGAUGCCCACGACAGCCGCAGUGCGUCGUCCUCAGCGGCGGCUGCCUCAGGCUUCGGUGAAAGCUACAGUCUGUCUAACCCGUCCAUCCAGGCCGGCGAGGACAUCCCGCAGCCCACCAUCUUCAACGGCAAGCUAAAGGGCUACCAGCUCAAAGGCAUGAACUGGCUCGCCAAUCUCUAUGAACAAGGUAUUAACGGUAUCCUAGCAGAUGAGAUGGGGCUUGGCAAGACGGUCCAGAGUAUUGCCCUGUUGGCCCACCUUGCAGAGAGAGACAACAUCUGGGGCCCGUUCCUCAUCAUCUCCCCCGCAUCUACGCUCAACAACUGGCAUCAGGAGUUCUCGCGCUUUGUUCCCAAGUUCAAGGUGUUGCCAUAUUGGGGAAACCCUCACGAUCGCAAAGUUAUUCGUAAAUUCUGGAGCCAGAAAACUCUCUACACCCAGAAUGCACCGUUCCACGUGGUGAUCACCAGCUACCAGCUGGUGGUACAGGACGUCAAGUACUUCCAGAGGGUCAAGUGGCAGUACAUGGUUCUAGAUGAGGCCCAGGCACUGAAAAGCAGUACAAGUGUCCGGUGGAAGAUCCUUCUGCAGUUCCAGUGUCGAAACAGGCUACUCCUCACAGGGACGCCCAUCCAAAACACAAUGGCAGAGCUGUGGGCCCUGCUCCACUUCAUCAUGCCUACGUUGUUCGAUUCCCACGAGGAAUUCAACGAGUGGUUCUCCAAGGACAUCGAGAGCCACGCCGAGAACAAGUCGGCCAUCGACGAGAACCAACUUUCACGAUUGCACAUGAUCCUCAAGCCUUUCAUGCUGCGCAGGAUCAAGAAGGACGUCGAGAACGAGCUCUCAGACAAGAUCGAGAUCCUGACCUACUGCCAGCUGACGUCUCGGCAGAGGUUGCUUUACCAGGCCCUGAGGAACAAGAUCUCCAUUGAGGACCUGCUGCAGUCCUCCAUGGGCACGGCCCAGCAGUCCCACAGCACUACGUCGUCCCUCAUGAAUCUGGUCAUGCAGUUCAGGAAGGUGUGCAAUCACCCCGAUUUGUUUGAGCGCCAGGAGACACGCUCUCCUUUCCACAUGUGCCUCGCGCCCUAUGUCUUGUCCAAGUUCCUCUACCGACACGGCCUCCUCCAUGCUCACAACCAGGCCACACACAAGUCACUCCGAGUGCUGCUGUCUCCCUUUUCCCCAAAUCACAUCCAACAGUCGCUCUUCCACAGGAGAGGCGACGACGAAGGAAACUGUUUUUCCUUCCUACGCUUCAUUGACGUGUCGCCUGCUGAGAUGUCCAACCUCAUGCUGCAAGGCACCUUAGUCAGGUGGUUAGCACUUUUUCUGUCCCUGAAGGCGGCGUACCGGCUACAUUGUCAGCGACUGUUUGCCCACCAGGAAGAAGGUGGAGGAGAUGAGGGGAGUAGAUUGCGGUCCAGAACUCUGUCUCGCAAAGACCUCCUCUUGUGGAUCUCCAGACCCGCUGCCUUCCCCAACACGCAAACCAGCCCUGUGCUACGGAACCUGGUCUUCACGGCCCUCAGGCCAGGCAUGGUCGGACACGCCGAUGUGAACAUCCACUGUCGACGUUCUGCCACCUCCCGGCUGUGGCCGUGCCAACCCGUGCUCCCCCCCAAGUUCCUGCUUGCAGCCACACCGAGGGUGACGGCGGUACCCAUGGAGCGCUAUUGCGCCGACCGAAGCGCCGAGCACGAGUGGCGGGUGACGCGCGCCGGAGGUGGUGCCGUCUUCAAAGAAUGCUUCCUCUACGGCACGCCUGACCUGGCCUCCGACUGGCGGGGGAGGGCCGGUGCCUUCUACCCGCAACAGCCCGGCGGCGUGAUGGCCGUCUUCCCACAGCACGGCUGGUCCUAUAUUCGGAUACCAGAUAAGGAGAGUCUAAUCACGGAAAGUGGCAAGCUUCACAUGCUGGAUAUCCUGCUGAGUCGACUAAAGGCCCAGGGACACAGAGUCCUCAUCUAUUCCCAAAUGACGCGCAUGAUUGAUCUGCUCGAGGAGUAUAUGGUUUACCGCAAGCACACCUACAUGCGCCUGGACGGAUCCUCGAAGAUCUCCGAGCGCAGAGACAUGGUGGCAGACUUCCAGAGUCGGACGGACAUCUUUGUAUUCCUGCUCAGCACCAGAGCCGGCGGGCUCGGCAUUAACCUGACUGCUGCGGACACUGUCAUUUUCUACGACAGCGACUGGAACCCUACCGUAGACCAGCAGGCCAUGGACCGGGCCCACCGGCUGGGUCAGACCAAGCAGGUGACCGUCUAUCGACUCAUCUGCCAGGGGAGCAUCGAGGAGCGUAUCCUGCAGCGGGCCAAAGAGAAGAGCGAGAUCCAAAGGGUGGUGAUCUCUGGAGGUAACUUCAAACCCGACACGCUCAAACCCAAAGAGGUGGUCAGCCUGCUGUUGGACGAUGACGAACUGGAGAAAAAAUUGCGUCUGAGACAGGAGGAGAAGCGACAGCAGGAGGAGAGCAGCAAGGUGAAGGAGCGCAAGAGGAAGAGGGAAAAGUACGCUGAGAAGAAAAAGACGGAGGAGUCUGAGAACAAGAGGAGGAAGGAGGCCAACCUGGUCAUCUUACACGUGCCCUCGGCCGACAACUCCAACUUGUCGGCGGACGGCGACGACUCGUUUAUCAGCGUGGAGAUGGAUUCGGCUAUGCCCAGCCCCUUUAGCGAGAUCUCGCUGAGCAGCGAGCUUCAGCCCGGCUCCCUGCCGCCGGACGCCGACGCGGACGAGAGCAGCAACGACAUGCUGGUCAUUGUGGACGAGCCGCUGUCUUCGGCGCCGCAGUCACGUGCCACCAACUCCCCCGCGUCCGUGUCCGGAUCCGUCUCGGACAACAUAAACGGUCUUUCGACCUUAGACACCAUCAGUCCCGGCAGAGGGAGGUCGGUCCGAAGCCGAGGACGCCCUAAAGGAUCCGGCGGCGGGCCCAAGUCCGGAGGCAAAGGGCGUGGACGCAAGUCGACAGCGGGGAGCGCGGCGGCGAUGGCAGGAGCGAUGGCUGGUGCUGCGGCCGCCUCAGCUGCAGCGUACGCCGCGUACGGCUACAGCGUUUCCAAAACGGGCCUGACCGUGUCCAACCCCCUGCAGCCUUCCGUGGGCCGUUCCGGCACCGGCCCCGCCUUUAAUCCCGGCAGAGGCUCUUCUCCGCAGGCCAAGGGCGGAGGCGCCGCCGCCACACUGAACCUGGGCCAACAUCACCUUGUCAGGAAGAGCAAAGGACCCAAAUGAUGCACUCAUCGAAGUGCGCUCCCACUAUACAACACAACUGACCUAGUCUCACUGUGAUCUUUGACCCCCCCUCCCCUCCGCAUCUUUCAAGCUUAGUUUUAAUGUGGUCAAAAUUGGGCCUUGAGUACACACUUCUCCUCCAGACUUCCAAGGGCUGUCCAAUGCACUGAGCCAAGCCUUCCGUGUACAUCAGCAACCCUCAUCCUUCAUCCAUUCGGUUAUUUAACUAUUUCCAUUCACGGACCACCUAUGCAUUUCAUUACCAACCCCCAAUUGUCGACAGCUUUUCUACUUAAAGCUCUUAUUUUUCUAAUCGUAAAGACAACCGUGGCAGGUCGCUCAAGCCAACGGGAUUUCUAUAUAUUUUUCUGUCAAUUGUGUAAAAAUGAUCCAAAAUGAGGGUUUACUGCCUCAAACGAGAGAUGCUGCUAAUAGGAAAUGAAUUAUUUCAGUGCAAAGCGUUAGUGGACUAGUAAUUAAGUUAUUUCAGUUGAGAGUAGACAUUUUGCCAUAACUGUGAAUAGGACAUUCACUUGUAAAACUUGUAUACAUUGUAUUGAAAUCAUUUGUUUAAUGGGGGGUGGGGGGGGCUCCUGUGCUUGAGGAACAUUGCUCAUCUUUGGUGUCGUGUGAGUGCCCGUCAUAAGCUUGUGUUCAAAAUGUGACUAAAGGUAGGUAAAUAAUCAUCUUUGUACAUAACGACAAGGGCGGCAGCGUCUCUGGCUUCCCCACCCCCGCCCGUCUAUUUUUAUAGGUCACGUGUAUAUAAUGAACAAAUGUGUCUGUCAUUUUACUAACAGGAAGAGUCGCGUGGAAAUAAAAGUGCUUAAUCGGUCGUGAGUUGUAGCAUGUGUGAUGAAUAUCGUUAUAAUGUUGAUUAGGAGUGUAACGAGACAUCAAACUAAGGACUACAAAACUAUUGUUGUCAAUGAAGUCAUGGAAAUAUUUGGAAUGUGUGUGUAAAUAAGUACUUUUCUGAGACUUAAAUAUAAUAAUAAUAAUAAAGAAGAAAUUACAGGA